CGACGGUAGUGGGACUUGGGUGCCCCGGGGGGGAACCCCUCGGCCCCUCCCUCCGCUGUUCGGAGGGACGACGGUCGAAGGUUGCGAGUUUUCCGUCGGCUGGCCGGCCGGGCUGCGCCUUUGAAUGCCGGUUUCGUGUCGAUCGGCAGGACGGCAUUUCCAUUAGCUGACAGUCUAGAACUGACGUACUGUGCCUUUGCUGCAGCCGGCCCGCAUUAUUAUAUAAGACGCUCCAUCCCCAACAACGAACACGCGAAAACAACCGCAACUGAUAAUCAACUCAUGUCGGCAUUGAGACUACGUCCGCUCGUCCUGAAAGUCUCCCGAGCUGCAUUCGCAUCAUCUCGCCCUGUUCUCUACCCUCGUAACCUCCCGGCUCUGUACAAAAUGGCCAGCAACAUGAUUGCCGUCAACAGCAAGGAUGCUGCCCCUCCUGCUGGCCCCUACUCCCACGCUAUCAAGACGCCCAGCGCCAUCUACUGCUCGGGCUCGAUCCCCGUCGACUCCCAGGGUAACUUGGUCGAGGGCACGAUCCAGCAGAAGACUGAGGCCUGCAUCAAGAACCUCGUCGCCGUUCUGGCUGAGGCCGGCUCGUCGCUCGAGAAGGUGGUCAAGGUCAACAUCUUUCUCGCCGACAUGGGAGAUUUUGCCAGUAUGAACGAGGAGUACGCAAAGCACUUCGUGCACAAGCCGGCUCGUAGCUGCGUUGCCGUCAAGACCUUGCCCAAGAAUGUCGAGGUUGAGAUUGAGUGUAUCGCUCUGCCAUGAAGAAGCUUUGGAGCAGCGAGGAAGACUGGCUAGAAUAUAACCCUUAGGUUAGACACUGGCACUUAGUGGUGAUGAUGGUGAUGAUGGUGAUGAGAAUGGUGGGGAAACCUCAAGCUGCAAACCGAGCGGCAAGGCAGAACAGGCCGAGAGUGGAGACAAUCAAAGCAAAUUCAUCACCAAACCAGACACGUUGAGCGUUGAGCAUCCAUACGUGCUCUAUUGCAAGUGAAAAAAAUCAUGAUUGGAUUUUAGGUAUUUUCUGACAAGUUAGUUGUUUG